GGGGGUUUCACGGAGACAUCAAUGGAGGAGAGGUGCUCAAGGGGAUUCGGGGUUGGGACUGGGUGGGUGGGUGGGCGAUUUCGGCUGGUGUGGAUCGAACCGUCGCUGUGAGAGAAGCGCGAGAAAAAUGGUGGUGGCAGUGGCAGUGGCAGUGGCGGCUACGAGGUAGGUGAGAGAAAAGUUGGUGAUAAUGGUGGUGGAGGUGGUUGUGAAGGAGGAGAGAGAUUGGGAUGGGUUUAGAUGAUUGAUUAAUUAAUUUUGGUUAAUAUGUUAAUAACAUAUAAUCUUAAUCAUUUAAUAUGUGUUAGUAAAGUUAACUAAGGGUACAUUGGUCAUUUUAAGUAAAAAAAAUUACUAAAAGGGGAAAGUUUUAGUUUGUUGCAGAUAAUGUGUAACAUCCAUUUUUAGAAAAUGUUGCACGUAAUGCGUGGCGGAGAAAGUAUUUUUUUUUCCUGACCCAUUUUUUUUGGCCUAUUCAUAUUUUAUUGCAAUUUCAUAAAAGCCUAAUUGCCCACUUUAAGCCCAAAACAGAGUAAAUUCAUUUAUAUAUACUACGUAUGUGUUUUCUUUUUUCCUCGUUUGUUUUCCUUUCACUAUUUCGUUGCACUUCUCUCUGGUUCUCUGGUACUCACUCUAGAAUCCUCCAUUGAAGCAGCUUCGAAGCUUUGACGUUCUUCAUUCCUACCUCUCUCAGUUACUUCAUUGCAGCGCACUCAAUGUUCUCCAUUGAAGCGUUCUCCGUUGAAUCUAAUUCUUGUAUCCUCCAUUAAAGCAGCUUCUAAGGUGAAAUAAAUUCAUAUGGCAAAAGCAUCUUCGGUGACAGAGGGUAUUAUCAGUGACAAUGAAGAAGAAUUUUUUCUAGAUGAUUCUGAUAUAAUUGACGAGAUUGUACUCGAUGAUGAAGAUCUCCCUGAUGUUGAGGAUGAUGAUGAUGAAGAAAAUGUCUCUGAAGAUAUGUUAUAUGCUGAGCCUGAUGAUGCUGUUGAUUUAUUUGCACACCAUUCUGGGCCACUUUAUGCAGUUGCCUGUAGCCCUAAAAACGCGACAUUAGUGGCAAGCGGGGGUGGAGAUAAUUUGGCUUAUCUUUGGAAUAUUGGUUGUGAAGAUAGGGUAAAUGAGCUUAAGGGUCAUAGGGACAGCGUUUCUUGUUUAUCCUUUAGCAAGGAUGGACAAUUACUCGCUUCUGGAGGACUUGAUGCAUGUGUUAAGAUUUGGGACAUUAUAGGCAAUCUCAAAUGUACGUUUCAAGGUCCCGUUGAAGACCAUGAGUUUGAGUGGGUAAGAUGGCAUCCAAGUGCUCAUCUAGUCUUGGCUGGGUGUACCGAUACAACUGUGUGGCUGUGGAAUGCUGAUAAAGGUGCCCUUCUCAGUGUAUUUUGUGGUCAUGGUAAUCACGUGACCUGUGGUGGUUUUACACCUGAUGGCUAUACAAAAGCUUCUGCAUUGACAUGCCUGACGUAUACCCCCGAUUCAAAUCUUGCCCUUACUGGAGCAGAAAAUGGUGUCCUUAGUGUAGCAAACAUUGCUAAUGAGAAGGUUACCAGCUCAUUCUCGUCCCACUCAAGUUCUAUUCAAUGUAUUGGGCUUUCUUUGAGCAUGCGUUGGGUAGCAACUGGAGGUGCAGAUGAGAAGCUUGUAAUCUGGGAUUUGCAGCAUUCAGCAUGUCGCAACAUUUUUGAGUAUCAGGAUGAGAUAACUUGCUUGAAUUGGCUUGGUGAGUCCAUGUUGGUGGCUUCAGGAUGUGGUGAUGGGCAGAUAAUCGUAUGUGAUACUCGCUCAGGAGAGCAUGUUAGGAGCUUUAAGGGCCACUCAGAUAAAAUCCAAGAACUUGCUGUGUCUGCUGAUAACAACUUUCUUGUUUCAGUUUCAGAGGAUGGCACUGCUCGUGUGUUUGACAUAUCAGACUUUAGAUGCUAAGUUCAUAAUUAUCUUGUACCUGUUUUAUAGAAAGACAACAGUGAAUUACUAAUUGUUUAAUUUUUAUUUGGUGGAUUAUGAGUUGAAGAGAUGCUAAUUAUUUGGGUGAUUGAUGAUAAGAAAA